CAGGUGACUCAGCCCGUGUCGUGACUCGUGUCCACUUUUCUUCUAUCGCGCCGGCUGCUCUCUAUCGCUUCACCGCAGCGCGGAUAGGGUCGAAGCAUCGACCACCGCGUAGGGACGCCGAGCAGCAAUGGCAACCCUCUCUCCCGCGGCCUUCUUCUCCCGCUCUUCUUCCCUAUUCUCUUCCUCCGCUGCCGCGGCUCUCAUCCACUCCUCUGUCUCCUUAAAGUCGAACCCAACCUCCUCACGGCGCCUCGCCCGUGUUAUGUCUGUCCGCGCCUCAAUCUCGCCGGAUUCGCCACUUGAGGUCUGCGCAAAGGCAUCCGUCACCGUGCCCAAUCGGCUCGGCGAUUGUCCUUUCACGCAAAGGGUACUUUUGACCCUCGAAGAGAAGCAUCUGCCUUAUGAUAUAAAGUUGGUAGACUUCGCAAAGAAGCCAGAUUGGUUUUUACAAGUAAGCCCGGAAGGAAAAGUUCCUGUCAUAAAGCUUGAUGAUAAGUGGGUUGCUGAUUCAGACAUUAUCGCAAAGUCAUUGGAAGAGAAGUAUCCUGUUCCAUCCCUUGAGACUCCUCCAGAGAAGGCAUCAGCUGGUUUAAAGAUCUUCUCAACCUUUAUUGGUUUCUUAAAAAGCAAAGAUCCUACUGAUGGCACAGAGCAGGCCUUGCUUGAUGAGCUGACUUCUUUUAAUGAGUAUUUAAAGGAAAAUGGUCCAUUUGUGAAUGGUGACAAUAUAUCUGCUGCUGAUCUGUCACUUGGGCCUAAGCUUUUUCACAUGGAAAUUGCUCUCGGUCACUACAAGAAUUGGUCAGUUCCAGAAUCACUCAACUAUGUCACUACAUACAUGAAGUUAAUUUUCUCCAAGGAUUCUUUCGUGAAGACUAGAGCACUUCCAGAGGACGUGAUUGCUGGAUGGCGUCCCAAAGUAUUCGUUUAAACAUCAACAAACGAACUCUUGUAUAGUUAGGCACAGACAUCUACCUCGCUUUCUCCAUGCUCUUUUGAGCUUGGUGCAAUAUGCAAAGCUAGCCAACUUUCCCUUAUAAUCUUGUUUAAUGCUUCAUUACUUCGAAAGAAUCAGAAUAAAGCCCAUAAAGCAAACAGCUUAUUUUGUCGAGUAAUUUAAUCAUUAAGUAUGUAUGGAAUUGCAUAUUCUGUAUA